AUGGCAAACUUGAUGUUCGUCUUACUGGCUGCCCACUUCACUCUUGCCCUUGGCGACUGGGUGUUGACCAGUGGCGUUCAGGCAGAAGAGCUGAAGGUGAUCCUGAACGAGCAGAGCGGCCACAACUUCUCUGACACUCAGAUGCGCGGCAAGUACAAGAAGCUCAAGUUCGACGAGUUCCUGGAGCUUAUUGCCUACACGCACAAGGUCAAGCGUAUCUCAGCAAGUUUGACUCUGACGAUAGCGGACACAUUGACCACGCGGAGCUGGAGGAAGCUCUCAGUGCGGUUGGCCACAAGUUCAGCCGUGAUCAGAUCAAGCUGUUCCUCCACAUGGUUGACGAGGACGACUCUGGAUCGAUUGGGUACGAGGAAUUCUUUCAGCUGGAGUUCUUCCUCAAGCGGGCCGAGACCAUCUUUGAGGCCGCCGACGAUGACGGAUCUGGCGAGCUCUCGUUUUCCGAACUCAAGGAACUCCUGCCCGUCGUGGACGUCGAAGCCAAGAAUGACUCCGAGGCGCAUGAUGAAGGCAUUGGACAACGACGGCUCGGGCAAGCUCUCCUUCGAGGAGUUUGUCAACCUGCUCUUCUGUCUCAUGUACGACAUCGAGCCCUGA